AUGUCCUUCACACCCAACCAGACCCUCACCGCAACUCGAACGCUCCGCUACCCCGCCGCCGUCGUCUACGAAAUCAUCUCCGACGUGGACUCCUACCACAAAUUCCUCCCUUUCUGCCAGGGCUCGGAAGUGACCAAGAAGUCGCAACCCGCAGCCGAUGGGAAAACCUAUCCGGAAGAAGCGAAGCUGAUGAUUGGCUUCAAUGGCAACAUCAAUGAGGAGUUCACGAGUAGAAUUUACUGUAUUCCCGGCCGGGUUGUGGAGGCAGUGAGUGGGAAUACCAAUGGCACUUUGCCCAAGGAUGAGGUCAGCCAUCAUAAUGAACGGCCCUCGGCGGAUCAAGAUCCUAGCAGGAAGGCUACGGUCAUGUCGCAGCUGCUCACGAGGUGGACGAACCAUGACGAGACGAAUCCUGUUCCUGGGCAGGAGAAGACGGAGGUCAAUUUGACGAUUGAAUAUCAGUUUGCGAAUCCGUUGUAUGCGGCCAUGAGCUCGGCUGUGGCUCCGAAGGUUGCGGAUAAGAUGAUUGAGGCGUUUGAGAACCGUGUCAAGGCUGUGUUGGAGGGACCGGCGCAUGCGAAGAGGAAGACGACAUAG